AUGGUUACUACAAGGGCUCAAAGCUACACUUCUGGCUCAGCUACUCGACAACAAAGCGGACUGGAGUCAACGACAAAGUCGCUCGACGGGCGACGCGCAAGAUGGGCGGAUCUACUUAGCGAAAAGCACUACGAAUCCCUCAUUUCCGAAGUACUGGAUGCCGAAAUGCCCAAAUAUGAGAAGAGUACCGUCAUCAACGCAACAGACCGGGUGACGCACAAACGCAAAUGCCUCCAGAUCCUUGCUUCUGCACCCUCUGUCCUAGCAUCGGCAGUCAAAGGCGACCUUGUGCGCAGGAUGCAGGUUGAUUCUAGCCUGCAACAAGAACAUGUUGCGAUUUGGAAAAGAGCGUGGAAGCAACCAUCCAUAUACAUACAUCUGUUAGCUGACCGUGACGGUAACGCGCCGACGCCUAAUCAACUUCUCACAAUAUGCGACUUUGUGAACGACUACAUGUCUCAAGGUAAAGCCCCACAGCAUGCAUGGCACAUAGAUAAGAUUUCUCGCCCAUCAGUGGCACAACAUCUGUCCACAAAGGGCUAUCGUAAGUAUCUUCAAACGACUAGUCGGUCAGAGAGGCGUGUUAAGACUCUAGAGCUCUUCUGCCAGGGCAUUCGGAAACGUUGUAACGAAACGCCACUAUCAUCACGCGACACUCCCCUCCAGUAUCCUCCUAGUGAAUGCGGGUAUUCGAUAAACUCACCUGAGCGUCUGGCAAAUCACCGCGCACGCCAAUCAUCCAAUUAUGUCAUGAACCUUGUCGAGGACAUCUGUAAACAUCUCUACGACAUCGGGACAUUUGCACAACAUUUUACCAUGCACCAGUUCAUCAUCUAUCUUAUUUUCCGACAAGAACAGGCGAGUAUAGCGGAAAUCUUCAUAUCUGGACUACUCCAAGUCUGGGUCAAAGAUGGCGCCGGCUUCAAUGCAUAUCUCGCUGGGCACAGCACAUCAAGCGCUGGGAAAGUUACCGAGGCGGAAUGGACUUCUCAUGAAAGAACCACCAAGCUUGACUCUCCUAUGAUGGAAAACAUGAGGCAGCAGCAGCUCAGAGCAGACGAGUGGCAGCGCGCGCUGGCGCUGGCUGAUGCCAAAGCUUUGGACGAGAAUCUGGUAGGUGGUUCUACAGACGAAGCAGAGUGCAUUGCUCAGCUUUCGCAGCUGACUAUACGAUCCAGGACUAUUGACCGUCACAUUUAG